AGUUUCCUCGUAUGUUUUCCGAUGUGCCUGCUGAACUGAUCACCUUAUGAACUUUUUGCUACGUUGUGAUCAGGCAAUCUCUUGUUGAUCGUUCACCAAAACCUUUUGUGCUGAGUGACGAAGACGUUCGGCACAUGAAGCGUAUCGUGGCUGGGAGAAAUACGGAUGAUCAGUACGACGAUUAUCAGCCCUGGAUUGAGUGGUUCACAUCAGAAGUAGAAAAGAUGCCCAUUCGUAAUAUUACGGAUCAAAAGCGUUCAUUGUUGCCAAGUAAAUCGGAGAAGCUGAAAAUCCAUGGCCUUGUUCAUGCACUCAAGAUGGGUUGGAUUAAAACACGUGCCAAGGUAGAAAAGCAAGCCGCUUUGAACAAAGGCCCUAAGUUCUACAUGGUUUGGGACACCGAUCAAGGAAGAAAUGCGUCGCAUUCAUGAUCAUGUUGUCGCUCAUAAGAGACCGCUUCCGGGACAUGCUGAGUCCUACAAUCUAUAACUGGAAUAUUUAUUUAUCAAUCAUUUCAAGGACAUUAAACAGGUUACGGGGCAAGGGCGGGGGGAUUACUUCGCCACUGUCAUGCUGGAACCUGCCAAUCGUUCAGUAUUCAUUCAUCAGUUCAAUAUUAAUUCUUC